AUGUACGUCUAACUACACCUACUGACUGUACCGACCCGAAAGGUUGUCGGAACGAGAGGGCUGAUGGGUCGAUUGAUAUCAAGUGGGUGUAUAGUAGCAAGACACGAAGGCAAGUUAGCAAGUAACUGAUUAGCGUAGGUGCAAGUUGAAGCGUGUGUUCUUGACUUGACUGAAAAACCAACGGGAUACCGGAUCUUGAUAUCCGCGAGUAGGAGCCGAAGGAGGGUCCCGGAGACGGAAGGCAGAACCAGACAAAUAUAUAUAUAUAUAUAUGAACAGUAGCGCAGGAUAUCAAGAACAAGGCCAUUACACUGCCCAUGCGCCUUCGCUACUAUGUAAUGGCUGCGCCAAUUCCAUCCUUUUAUUUGAACUGCCACCCAGUCCUGAAGAAAAUCCAUCAAAACCCACCUCUCAAAAUCUCCAAAUUCCCUCUAAAACCCGUUGAAACUCCUUCUCUCAGAGAGAUUUGCAAACGUGGGAGCGUCAAUGAAGCUUUUCAAUCGCUUACCGAUCUGUUUGCGAACCAAAGCCCAUCUCAGUUUUCUCUGGAUGAGGCUUAUUCAUCAGUUCUCGAGCUCUGUGGAAGCAAGAAAGCUUUGUCAGAAGGACAGCAAGUUCAUGCCCAUAUGAUAACCUCUAAUGCUUUGUUCAAUUCUGUGUUUCUGAGUACUAGGCUUGUGUUUAUGUAUGGUAAGUGUGGAUGUCUUGUGGAUGCUGAGAAGUUGUUUGAUGGAAUGCCUCAUAAAACUAUUUUCACAUGGAAUGCCAUGAUUGGUGCUUAUGUUACAAACGGAGAACCAUUAGGCUCCCUUGAAUUGUAUCGAGAAAUGCGGGUUUCUGGAAUUCCUCUUGAUGCUUGUACCUUUCCCUGUAUUCUUAAAGCAUGUGGUCUGCUUAAAGAUCGCCGCUGUGGGGCUGAAGUUCAUGGUUUAGCAAUCAAAGAAGGAUAUGUUUCAAUUGUGUUUGUUGCCAAUUCAAUAGUGGGUAUGUACACAAAGUGCAAUGAUCUUAAUGGGGCAAGGCAGUUGUUUGAUAGAAUGCCGGAAAAAGAGGAUGUUGUAUCCUGGAAUUCGAUGAUUUCUGCAUAUUCUUCAAAUGGCCAGUCCAUUGAGGCAUUGAGACUGUUCGGAGAAAUGCAGAAGGCUAGUCUGGCUCCCAACACCUAUACUUUUGUUGCUGCUCUUCAAGCCUGUGAAGACUCUUCCUUCAUUAAACAAGGUAUGUUCAUCCAUGCCACUGUCCUCAAAUCUAGUUACUAUAUCAAUGUUUUCGUGGCCAAUGCUUUGAUUGCAAUGUAUGCAAGAUUUGGCAAAAUGGGUGAAGCUGCAAACAUCUUUUAUAAUAUGGAUGAUUGGGAUACUAUAUCAUGGAAUUCAAUGCUCUCUGGUUUUGUCCAAAAUGGUCUUUACCACGAAGCUCUGCAAUUCUACCAUGAGAUGAGGGAUGCAGGUCAGAAGCCUGACCUGGUUGCCGUCAUAAGCAUCAUAGCAGCAUCUGCUCGAUCAGGAAACACACUUAAUGGAAUGCAAAUUCAUGCUUACGCAAUGAAAAAUGGGUUAGACUCGGAUUUGCAGGUUGGAAACUCACUUGUAGACAUGUAUGCAAAAUUUUGUUCAAUGAAAUAUAUGGAUUGUAUUUUUGAUAAGAUGCCUGAUAAAGACGUUGUUUCUUGGACAACGAUCAUUGCUGGCCAUGCUCAGAAUGGUAGUCACUCAAGAGCCUUAGAAUUGUUCAGGGAAGUACAGUUGGAAGGUAUUGAUCUUGAUGUGAUGAUGAUUAGCAGCAUCCUGCUGGCUUGCAGUGGGUUGAAACUCAUUUCCUCUGUGAAAGAAAUUCAUAGCUACAUCAUCAGGAAGGGUCUAUCAGACCUCGUGCUGCAGAAUGGGAUUGUGGAUGUAUAUGGAGAGUGUGGGAAUGUAGAUUAUGCGGCUCGAAUGUUUGAACUGAUUGAAUUUAAAGAUGUGGUAUCUUGGACUAGCAUGAUAUCUUGUUAUGUCCAUAAUGGACUUGCAAAUGAAGCUCUUGAACUUUUCCACCUGAUGAAAGAAACUGGGGUUGAACCUGAUUCGAUUUCACUGGUAAGCAUACUCUCUGCAGCUGCUAGUUUGUCUGCAUUGAAGAAAGGAAAAGAGAUUCAUGGUUUUUUGAUCAGGAAAGGCUUCGUCUUAGAGGGGUCUCUUGCGAGCACGCUUGUGGACAUGUAUGCCCGCUGUGGAACUCUGGAGAAAUCGCGUAAUGUGUUCAAUUUUAUCAGAAAUAAAGACUUGGUUCUGUGGACUAGUAUGAUCAAUGCAUAUGGAAUGCAUGGCUGUGGUAGGGCAGCCAUUGAUUUGUUCAGAAGGAUGGAGGAUGAAAGCAUUGCUCCUGAUCAUAUUGCCUUUGUGGCAGUUCUUUACGCGUGCAGCCAUUCAGGAUUGAUGAAUGAAGGUAGAAGAUUCCUGGAAAGUAUGAAAUAUGAGUAUCAAUUGGAGCCAUGGCCAGAGCAUUAUGUUUGUCUGGUUGAUCUUCUUGGACGGGCAAAUCACUUAGAAGAGGCAUACCAGUUUGUGAAGGGCAUGGAGGUUGAGCCUACUGCUGAGGUCUGGUGUGCUUUGCUUGGGGCUUGCCAGAUUCACUCAAACAAAGAAUUGGGUGAAAUUGCAGCUCAGAAGCUCCUUGAGAUGGAUCCAGAGAAUCCGGGAAAUUACGUGCUGGUAUCAAAUGUGUAUGCUGCAGAACGAAGAUGGAAAGAUGUAGAAGAAGUGAGAAUGAGAAUGAAAGCCAGUGGAUUGAAGAAGAAUCCUGGAUGUAGUUGGAUUGAAGUUGGAAACAAGGUCCAUACAUUCAUGGCAAGGGACAAGUCUCAUCCACAGUCCUAUGAGAUUUAUUCAAAAUUAUCUCAAAUCACUGAGAAGUUGGCAAAGGAGGGAGGCUAUGUAGCUCAGACCAAGUUUGUUCUUCACAAUGCCAAGGAAGAAGAGAAGGUUCAGAUGCUUUAUGGCCACAGUGAACGGCUGGCGAUCGCGUAUGGUAUGCUCACAACUCCUGAGGGCGCCAGUCUUAGAAUCACAAAGAAUCUUCGUGUCUGUGGCGAUUGCCAUAACUUCUGUAAGUUAAUCUCAAAAUUCUUUGAACGAGAACUUGUCAUGAGGGAUGCCAACAGAUUUCAUCAUUUCAAGGGUGGGGUUUGUUCAUGUGGAGAUGUCUGGUGACAAUUAAGAAUAAUGAUCAAGAUGUUUGUAUGACAAAGAACCCCCAAGUUGCAAGAGCUAUGGUUUCAGUUGAAGUCUCCCACCCUGCCAUACAAAAUUAGUGCAUGUGGGCAGACCAUGGGGGAAAGGAGCAUCUCUCCAAGGAAUUUAGUUGGCUUUAUGUCCAAGAGGAAGGCUAACUCGAUAACUUCAAGUGUCUUGUCUAAGUGCUGCAUUGGUGCUAUAUUCGUGACAUUUAGCUUCCUAUUCAUGCAUAUAAUCUGUUUUUCAACGCAAAGACUUGCUUGGGACUUUGGAUUCAACUCCUCGGUUCUUGUUCCUUCUCUUCAAGUGAUCUUCAAGUGUUCGACUCUCACAAAGGACAGAGCAGUUGAAAAUUGUUUUAUGUUGUCUUGUAGCUAAAGAACAAAUUCUGCAUUCAAGGAAGAAGCUGCCAAUGGAAUUCAGAAGUAAAAACUCAUAAAUGAAAAGCCAGAGAGGUAAGUAUAUGAAACAAUACUGGUUCUUGUCAGUUCUUAUAUUAUUUAAUUCAAACCAGAUUACUAGUUGAUUCAUGAUGGCCAAGUAUUAAAAUAAAGUUUAAUUUUUUCA